AUGGCAACUGCGUGCUGGACACAAGUAUGGAAGUCGCUUACUCCUUGCACAAAUGGCUUGAAAUCCGUCAUCUCAUCUUUUCACAUUCUUUCAACUGAAACUUUGCAAGUGAAAUCUGCCGUUAAAGACUACAGGGCUGGGUCAAGACAGGGACAGGGAAGAAGUUCAAACUUCGUAGUAUUAGCAAUAUGUUCAGCAGUUGUUGGACUAGCUGUUAUUAUACUUGUCACGACGCUUGUACUGGUAUUACGGCCCAAAAAUAACCCCUUACAGUGUUUUGAAGAGGACGAUGAAAGCGAUUACCGUGGUCUGGUAAACAUGACACAAGAUGGAGAUAACUGCGGUUCAUGGACAGAUCAAACAGUUCACGAACACACACGUACACCUGAGAAAUAUCCUAACAGUGGACUUGGAGACCACAACUACUGCCGAAACCCUGAUGGGGAUGUUGGUGCGUGGUGCUACACGACUAAACUUGAUAAGCGAUGGGCUUAUUGUGAUGUCGGAAAACCAAGUGAUGAUUGCAGUGUAACAACACAAGAAUCCGCGACAACCUCUUCGCCAGGCCCACCAGGUGUUACAACACUGCAAACAACUGAAACAGAUUUCACAACAGCCGGAACAACUGAAUCAAGUUUUCCAACGCAAACGACAACUGAUGGAAGUUAUACAAUUUGGGAAACUACUGAUUCAACAUUAAAUACAGAAAAUUGCUCAAACUUUCUGGUGAUAGCUAGUUGUAUUGCUGCUGUUGGUGUAGCUAUAGCUUUUCUGGCUGUAACCCUGGUGCUGGUAUUUAAGGACACGGAUGAACCAGUUGAAAUAUCGGAAUGCUUUGAAGCGGAAGACGGAAGUGAUUACCGCGGUAUAGUCAACAUAACGAAAGAUGGGGAAAACUGUUCCGUUUGGAUAGAUCAAACAAUACAUUAUCACUCUCGAACGCCACGCAAUUUUCCAUUUGGUGGCCUUGGAGACCACAACUACUGUCGCAACCCUGAUGGGGAUGAUGGGGUGUGGUGCUAUACGACAAACCCUGAAGUUAGAUGGGAUUACUGUUAUGUAGGAGAGCCCCGUGAAGAUUGCAGUGUAAUAACAGUGGCACCUACGACAUCUCUCCCAUCAAUUCCAUCGGGUGAAUGCUAUACUGACUUUAAUGGCACUGACUACAGAGGAGCCGUCAACACCACGACUAAUGGAACUGAAUGUCAGAAAUGGACAUCACUGACCCCGCAUAAUCACUCAGAUACACCUAGCGAACACACAGAAACGGGUCUUGGAAAUCACAAUUUCUGUCGAAACCCAGACAACAGCGAUGGAGCAUGGUGUUACACCACUGAUCCUGGUAUUCGUGUUGGUAAAUGUGAUAUUGGCGUUCCCAGCAUUUUUUGGGUUACAACAGCUUCACCAGAUGUUAAUACAACGCAGGGAGGUACUGAAUCACCUGAUACCUUGACAACAUUAUCACUAGAUGAGUGCUUCAAGGAAUCUGACGCAAGUGACUACCGUGGAAAAGUGAGCACUACUAUCAGUGGCAAAACAUGUCAGAAAUGGACAGACCAAACGCCUCACUCUCAUACAAGAACUCCUGCUAACUUCCCCACCGCUGGUCUGGGAAACCACAACUAUUGUCGAAACCCGGAUGAAAAAGUACAGACAUGGUGCUACACCACGACUCCCAGCAAACGUUGGGAACUAUGUUAUGUUGGAGAACCAUAUGACAAUUGUACAUAUUUCGUCUCACUAGAAACAAUCCUCUCGUUCAACGAAGUUCUCCCACUGUCCCUGAAGCGUAUUAUAGAUUUAGUAUGCAGAAGUGGAAAUAUUUUACUCGAUGCCUGUUCAGUCAAGAUACAGGAAAGACGUUUUAAUGUCAUAUUGUUAUCAUUGUAUGGAUGUUUUAUUGGAAUAGUUAUUGCUUUGUUUGUUGCUACCGUUGUGAUGAAUUUUCAUGACCCAGUCUAUUUAUUAGCUAUGACUACUACUCUUUACAACGAGGAAACUAUUAUACCAUCAAAUUAUCAUAAAGUUACAACACUUCUUCAUGAUAACUCGCCAACUCCAACAGACAUCUACUGUUGUUCCCACUGUGAUAUAUACUACGUUUGUGGAAAUUGCUCAAAUUUUCUGGUGAUAGCUGUUUGUAUUGCUGCUGUUGGUGUAGCUAUAGCUUUACUGGUUGUAAUCCUGGUGCUGGUAUUUCGGGACACGGAUCAACCAGUUGAAAUAUCGGAAUGCUAUGAAGAGAAAGACGGAAGUGAUUACCGCGGUGUAGUAAACAUAACGAAAGAUGGGGAAAACUGCGCCGUGUGGAUAGAUCAAACAAUACACUACCACUCUCGAACGCCACGCAAUUUUCCAUUUGGUGGCCUUGGUGACCACAACUACUGUCGCAACCCUGAUGGGGAUGAUGGGGUGUGGUGCUAUACGACUAACCCUGAAGUUAGAUGGAAUUACUGUUAUGUAGGAGAGCCCCGUGAAGAUUGCAGUGUAACAACAGUGGCACCUACGACAUCUCUCCCAUCAAUUCCAGCGGGUGAAUGCUAUACAGACUUUAAUGGCACCGACUACAGAGGAGCCGUUAACACCACGACUGAUGGAACUGAAUGUCAGAAAUGGACAUCACUGACCCCGCAUAAUCACUCAGAUACACCUAGCGAAAACCCAGGAACGGGUCUUGGAGAUCACAAUUUCUGUCGAAACCCAGACAACAGUGAUGGAGCAUGGUGUUACACUACUGAUCCUAGUAUUCGUGUUGGUAAAUGUGAUAUUGGAGUUCCCAGCGAUUUUUGCGAUGAGUGCUUCAAGGAACCCGAUGUAAGUGACUACCGUGGAAAAGUGAGCACUACUAUCAGUGGCAAAACAUGUCAGAAAUGGACAGACCAAACGCCUCACUCUCACACAAGAACUCCUGCUAACUUCCCCACCGCUGGUCUGGGAAACCACAACUAUUGUCGAAACCCCGAUGCAGAAGUACAGACAUGGUGCUACACCACGACUCCCAGUAAACGUUGGGAACUAUGUUAUGUUGGAGAACCAUAUGACAAUUGUAGUACGUAA